AGAAUAUUCGGGUCGCUCCAGUGCCACCGAAUACUAUUUUAUGAAGGCUGUUACUGUGGCGACCUUGAAUAUAAGUAUAUAGAAGGGCAUAAUGGUAGGUCUAGCAUGAGGCUGCAUAGUCACUGAAGGAUUGCAUCAUGUAACAGGCUUGUUAUUUGCGAGCCAGCAAGAGAUUUUGUUAGACCUGGCCAAGUGAAAGAGAACAGAAGACAGUGAAUAUCGUUUCCAGGUGGAGCGUGUUUGAGGAUCAUGGAAACUGUUGAGAGACCGUCGUGGCUUGAUGAAACAUUUAUUGAAGAUGCACUUCGUUCAAGAGAAGAAUAUGGCGGAGUAAUUGUAGCCGAUAUUAGGGUCCAGUUAGCCGUUGGUAAGGGUGAGAACUACACCAGUACAGUAUAUCGAGUCUGCGUACAGUUCAAACGUCGAAAUAUUGACGAUGCCACAGAAUCAACUAGUCUGAUAAUAAAAGGAUUGUCUGCAGUAGAGUUUAUGGCAAAAUUCCUGGAACACUGUAACACUUUCGGAAAGGAGACAAAAAUAUACCAGGUCACCGUACCAGCAAUGAUCAGCCUUCUACAACAGAAUUCCCAAGGAAGGAAAGUCCAGCCUCUGGUACCAUUUUGCUACAAAACCUCUAGACCACACACACUGAUUCUAGAAGAUCUGACGAGUUUUGGUUUCAGGAUGGCCGAUAGGCGAACUCGUUUGGAUUUACUUCAUUGCACACUGGCGCUGAAGGGUCUCGCUCGAUUCCAUGCCAUGUCUGUGGCUCUGCACGACAAAAACCCAAGCUGUAUGGAUGACUAUGCAGAAGACGUGUACACUGAUAAUAAUCGUGACAUAAUGUCAAAAUAUUCAGAAUCAUCCUUCAAUGCUUUAGCAAAUGUAGUGGAAAAGUGGUCUGGUUUUGAAGAAUAUGGUGAUAAAUUUCGGGGGAUGAUACCGACAAUUUGGGAUCGAAUGGUGGAGAUUAUAAAGCCAGUAAAUGGCUCUUUGUCUGUUCUGAAUCAUGGAGAUUUCUGGGUUAACAACAUGAUGUUCCACUAUUGUCCAGAUACAGAGAAGCCUGAGGAAGUCAGAUUUGUCGACUUUCAACUGUCACGCUACUCGUCUCCCGCUCUGGAUCUGCUAUAUUUCAUGUACACGAGCCCCAGUGAAGAUGUCCGUUCUGAAUACACGGACCACUUGCUAGAGGUGUACCACAAGGAACUGCUCGGCACUCUCAAGGUGCUUGGCUGUGAACAUCACCAAUUCACCAUCGAACAGCUGAAGAAGGAGUUUGAAGAUAAGUCUUUCUUUGGUCUAAUGACAGCUUGCACCGUACUGACUGCAGUCUUGGCUGGACCAACAGAAUCUUACGAUAUGGAGAACUUCAAGGAAGAUGGAAGUAUUUUGAAUUCAGAGUCUCUUGAGAGGCCUUAUUCCGGAAGUCGCUACAAAGAAGCUGUACAGAAACUAAUACCACAUUUUGAAAAGAAAGGUAAAAUGGGGAGCACAAAUGUUGGAGAAGUAACCAUCCCUCCUUGGCUUAAUUACGAAUUCGUGGCUGAGAUUUUGUCGGAAAGAAAGGAUAAACAAAUCUUUGUCACAGAUAUGGAUGUGAAAGCAGCUGUUGGAAGAGGCGACAACUACCUCAGCACACUCUACCGGAUUACAGUGGAAUUUAUUGAAAGUAAAGAUGGAAAUGAAGUGAAUAAAUAUGGCUUGGUUAUCAAAACCUUACCAGAUGGAGAGAUUUUACAGAAAUUAAUACAUGAUAUUCAGGGUUUCGAGAAAGAACUGCAGAUGUAUAAAAUUACACUUCCGGCCAUGUACCUCAAAAUGAUGGGCAUGUCUACUAAUGGAAAUUUCCACCCCCUAUCUGCAAGAUAUCUGCCAUCUAAGAGGAAAGACACUAUCGUGUUGGAAGAUCUGCAGCAUUUAGGAUACAAAAUGGCUAACAGACACACUGGUCUUGAUUUGGAACACUGCAAGUUGACUGUGAGGGCACUGGCAAGGCUUCACGCUGCAUCUGUGGCUUUGCAUAAAACUGACCCUUCCAGUAUUGAUAUGUAUUCGGAGUUAAUGUUCGCGGACACUGGAGAACAACGAGAAAACAUGGAAAAGAGUUUUCAAAGCAAUCUGAAUGUUUUAGUUUCCAAGCUAGACGAAUGGCCUGGGUAUGAGCCCUAUGCAAAUAAAAUUAGGAAACUGGUUCCUACCGCUGUGGACCGAAUUAUAAAAUGUACCAAACCGAGGGAAGGUUCUCUAAAUGUAUUAAACCAUGGAGACUGCUGGACAAAUAACAUGAUGUUCCAUUACUGUCCCAAGACUGGAGAAGUCGAUGAUGUAAGAUUAAUUGACUUCCAGUUAGUGAGGUUCUCAUCCCCAGUGCUGGAUCUUCAGUAUUUUCUUUGCACGAGUACAAAUGAUGAAAUCCGUUUCGGGCAGAGAGAUCGUCUCCUGAGGGAAUAUCACGCCGAACUGAGGGAUACGCUGGAAGACCUGAAGCUUGAUCCUCAGCAGUACACACUACAGCAACUAAACGAAGAUUUUGAAGAAAAUGAAAUAUUUGGGCUGCUGAUGGUUUGUACCUAUUUAAGUGCAAUGCUGGCCACCUCAAUCGACGUGCCGGACUUCAGUGAGCUGAAGGAAGACUUUAUGUUGGACGAUGGUACACAUCCUAUGGAGAAGUUAUUGGAGGGAAAGCGAUUCAAGGAGGUCUUAUAUACGUUCCUUCAUUAUUACGAAAACAAGGGACUUAUCUAAUUUAUAUCAUUAACAUUGUAGUUAAUCUAUAUAGUUGAUGUUGAAAA